GCGAAAUCGCGUCCCAACUGAAACAGCACCUGCCGUGAUGGCGAAGCUUUGACGUUCACAAAGGCUAUGGAUGUCAGGGAGGCGCUGUCACGGCUGUCACGUCGGAGAGCUUUGCAUGGAACCCUGCGCCUGUUAGUGCCUCUACUAUGGCCUCAGGUUGCAGAAGCCUCAUGUCAGUUGAGACCGGAGCAAUUCCGCUCGUCCAUGGUGCUGCAGGGGGUAGAGUUUGAUGGUGCCUAUGCGCUGAGUAUCAGUGAGGCACUGGGCUGCUUGCAGGAGGUGACAACGCCUCUGGGUCCAGUGAACCAAUCCCUUCAUGCCAUUGCAGAUUUUUAUGAGCAGUUUUACGCCUUCAGAUACAUUUGCAUCGACCCAGCGGCCUCCAGCCAGAGUCAGGAGCCGCCCUUCGACUAUGGGGUCUAUGGCACUCCUCGAGGUGGUGGCGCGUCCGCCGAGGAUGCCAAAGUCGACCUCAUCCACGAGUUGCGUGCGCUGGCAGCCUCUUUGCCGCCCAACCCUGGAAUCAAUGAGUGGUUCCCGCCGGCGAAUACCAUCUUUGCGAGGCUCCGGGAUGCACACGUGGACUGGCGCAACGGUGGCACCAAGGCCGAUACUGUGCUGAACCAGUUCGUCUUCAUCUUACAAGACGACGCCACGUUGGCUCCCGUGCAGAUACAGGUCUCAUCCGCCUCGAGCCUCGAGAUCGAUGGCUAUGCAGACGCCAGGUUUAUUUCUGGUGAGAAGGAGAUUGAGAGCAUUGAUGGGCUGAAACCCAUGCAGUGGUUUCGAGUGCGAGUGCUCGAGAAUCCGGCCUUCAACUAUGCAUACAAGAGUCUCGGUUCGCGUGCCAAUCGCAUGCUGAACUCUGGAAGGGUAGGCUUCGCAUGGCUAGGGAGCCACAUGGGCGAUGUGUCCACCUUGAAGCCAUCCGCGGAGGUUCGCUUCAAAGGUGGUCAGAACAAUACCUGGACCUGGACCUGGCUGUUGCUCACAAGGAGCUUGAGAUCGUGCCCCAGACAGGACGCGGCGUGCAUCGUCGAACUGCUGAAGGGCCCACUGAAAGCUUCUGGGUCUCUUUAUCGCGAUGCUGAAGAGGCCUUUGGCCAGCUGCGCGAAGCACAUCAACAUGAAUUGGUGGAUGAAGCCCCUGAGAUGCCGGAUGCGGCCAUGCUGAAACGGCUGGCUGAGGACUCCGGGCUUCGCUCCUUACUGCGAAUCUCCGAGGAGCACAUCCCCGGCACGGAGGCGCAUGCACGAGCGAUGCAGCAAAGCAGGAUACCAACAGAAGAGGCCUUCCCCCGGCGUUGGUUCGGAGAUCCCGCACUGAGCCCCCUGGGUGCCAGUUACGGAUACUUCCAGCUGCAGCGCGAGGAUGCCACAGGUGAACUCUUUAUGGUUUUGAAACUCACCAGGUUCUACCUGUCAGAAGAUGAAGAUGCAACCGCAACGGGACGCGUUCAGAUGCAGUUCCUGAAUUUUUGGAAGGAUGUGGUGAGCACAGCGCAGCAGCAUUCGGUAACGCGGCUGCUGGUGGAUCUCUCAGGGAACCCCGGCGGCUUCGUGGACCUGGCGUAUCUCUUCGUGCGCGCCCUCCAUCCGCUGCUGCAGUUCUCAGAGGUGUGCAACGAGUAUGACCGGCCUGCAGGAUCUCUUUUCGAGGUCUGGACGCAGGUGAACGUUACACCUCUGGCAAUUUUUUUAAACAGCACAAAGGAGGCCAAGAAGAGGAUGGAGAGUUUGACGCCAGAGAAGCAGGAACAUCUCAUCAAGAUCUUGCAUGGAGUGACCAAAGCGUGCAUCUCCAUGGAUGUCUUGAGCUAUGACGACUACAUGCUGAUCCAGUCAGCCAUCGAUACCCUGGACAUGGGGGAGAUGGAUGCCUUCACCCUGCAGGAAACCGUGCAAGUCUUGAGCGAAUCCGCAGCAAGUUUUGGGAAUCCGUUCACCUUGUACUUGACCGCCUUCUCGGAGCGGGGUAAGCCCUUUGAUCCCUUUCGGCAGCUGCGCACUGCGCAGCGGGGCGGAAGAGAAACGACGCUCACAGCCAGGUUUCGUGUGGAGGAUUGUGUUUCCGUCUACACCAAGGAGUUCGUGGAUGCGCUGGAAGGGGUGGAGAAUCCAUUUAGCGACAUUUUGUUUUUAUCCGAUGGACUCUGCGGUUCCUCCUGCGACACGGCCUCGCGCACUGCCUACAUGUUGUCGCAGAGGAUGGAGCAUGGCACCUUGGAAGCCCCGGGGUCCAUCCCCAAGAUCCGCUUCGUGACCUUCGGGGGUCUGGGUGGCUCCGCGAGCAGCGCCAAGCGCAGCUUGUCCGCCACGGCUUAUCCCGGCGGCAACGUGAUGUCCGCAGCCAUGGGUUUGCUGUACAACCCUGUCUUCAGCGCCGCAGCACUGGGCUAUCUCGCUGCAACCUGGGCGGGGCUCCAGCAGAUGAAGGCGCAAAUCGACGUCUUUCGACAGCGAAUUCCGCAGUAUCCCUUCUUUUGGGAACAGUUGCCCAAAUACCCUCAGAGUGAGAUGUACCAAAAUGCCCUUGGAAUGGAUGCCCUGCCCUCUGAGUACUACUUCUUCCCCACGGACCUCUUCUUACCCGAGUGGUUCGCCAACGUGGCGGGCGCCCGGCCGUCGAGCUGGAACGAGACGGAGCUCCGUCGGCUGCACCAGGCGGCUGCGCAGGGCUUUCAGCGGACCUCGCCGAGGCUCAUCACGGCGCUUCGAGGUAUUGGUGACACCCGUGAUUUGAAAUUGGCCGCCGUGAUCCUCACUAGUGCGAUGGCGGUCUUCGGUCUGACCUGGAGAUCGUGGCGAAGGCGAACCUCCCAUGGGUCUUUAACGUUGCUGUCCAGUUCGGAGUCUGAGGACCCCUGACCCUUUUUGGCCACAUGGCCACAUGGUCAAUUCCGGUCAGGGUCAAAUUGCCCUGGCUGGUGCUGCGGAAUUCAUGGCGCCCAGUGAAUGGUGUUCUAAGUCCUUUCGUAACAUGACAGGAGGUAAC